UGCCGUGCAGGAGGGCUCACCCAGCAGACGCUUUUGAACAGGACACGUUGGGCAGCCCCCACCAAUGCCCCUUCCCUGGGCCUGAGGAUGGCCAUGGAGCUGAGAGCCCUCCUCCUGCUGCCACUCUGCUUCCCAGGUCUCCACAGCCAAGCAGUGGAGGUGAACCAGCAGGAAGGAAGCUCUCUCUUCAUCAGAUGCUUUUACAAACCACAGACUGACUACGUGUCACAGAAGGCCUGGUGCCAUGUAAGAAGUGGACAAUGUGAACCCUUAGUGACGACAACCUACGACCCACAAUACCUACACUGGGACACAAAGGGGAAAGCUGGAAUACAAGAUGACUUUAUGAAUGGGAUCGUGUCGAUCUCGAUGAGUAACCUCCAGGUAGAGGACUCAGGCACGUACUCCUGUGCUUCUACAUCCGAUGGUUACACGUUUUAUUCACUGAAGACCAUCUCACUGAAUGUUUUCAAGGAGCUGCACAAAGGGGAGCUGGACAGCCUGUCUGUGCAGUGCCUGUACGGAACCCUGGGGUACAGCACGGGGAGAAAAGUCUGGUGUCGAAUAGAUAAGUCUAACUGUAUCAAUUGGUUGAGGGCAAAUUACCCUUCAACACAGACUAACAGCAAAGCCCUGGAAAAAAGAAUCUUGAUAGAGGAAGACACCCAGAAAGAGAUUGUCACCAUGACCAUGAAGAAGCUGCAGACCAGGGACAACGGUGUGUACUGGUGUGCGCUCAUCAGAGACUCUUACAUCACCCGGAUAAUGGAGGUCAAGCUCUCCGUGUUCAAGAGGACACAACAAUACACAGCCAUGGAGUCAGGCAAUGUCUCUGUCCAGUGUAACUACAACACCGCAGACUACGGGGCUGUGAGCAAAGCCUGGUGCAGACAGGGAGCAAGGAAUGCCUGUACCAUACUGUACAAUAUGGACACAGAGCCCUUGGGGUACCUCAAGAAAGUUAAGGAAGGCAGAGUCAGCAUGCAGGAUGACACCAGGCUGGGGAUUGUCACCAUCACCAUGGAGAAGCUGCAGGCCCAGGACUCUGGCAUGUACUGGUGUGCACUUUAUGAACGCCAGAAGCUCUUCCGAAUGGUGGAGGUUACACUUAACAUUUCUGAGGUAAUAGCUGUAACAACUUUGUCAAGUGCUGCAGGCACAAGCCAAGCAACUCCUGGAAAUGCUACAGCACCAAGCUCAAAUGUAAACACCUAUGUCCUGCUCUCUGGGAUCCUGAGCAUCCUGUUCAUCCUGGCGAUUGUCAUCUCAGUAACACUGUGCAUCAGGCAGCCCAAGCAGCUGGAGAGAAGAGGCAACAGACAAGCAGACCACAUCUAUGAAAAACCAGUGGACAUGACACAGCUUGACAGCACUGAAAGAAUGGAAAGUCCCAAGGAUGAAAGCAAAGACCUAGAAUAUGUUACCCUGAACUUUAAAUCCCAACUCAGCCCUGAGGAUCCUCUUUACUGUAAUGUGAAUCCCAGUCAGACUCACAGGAAACCCCGAGAUGAAAGUGUGGAAUAUGCUACCAUUGCACUCAAGCAGACACCUACAAAUGGCAAAGGAUGAAGCACAGAGUCCCAAAACAAUCCCCAAAUGGGAGACAAGAACUGGAAUACAAAGUGGGAAUGAGGAGUAGAAGGUGUGUGGAUGGACACUGGGGAAAGCUCUGAGUUUUUGCUGCCCAUGUGUAUGUUGUUAUGCAUUUUGAGACAACUCCCUCCUAUUAGGGGCCAGCAGAGAAUUUUGCCAGGGUGAAGAUUUUCUUGGGGCAGACAGAGGUGCUGGGAAAUUCUCAGGACCUCUUCCAUGUCUGCUUUCUUAAUUCCAUUAAAAUGCAAGCACUUUUGGAGAGGCAGGUGUGGAGGACUGACCUUUAGAAAAAGAGCAAUAUCCAUCAGGACAAGGAUGGAUCUGGUAUUGCAACUGCAUUCACUGGGAGAAAGUCUAUCCCACUCCAAAGUCCUCAGUCUUUCAGCAAACUCAUUCCAGUGCUGUAGGGAUGCAACUCUUAACAAUCCUGAGACUGGGUUCAUUUGCCAUCUAAUGGGUGAGGAAAUGAACAAUGGCUUAUAAGAAUAAGCAGAAGCAGACUCUAUUUGAGGGGAAAUAGCUUGAGGGUGUAUUGCAACACACUGAGAUGCUGCAUUGCAAACCUUGCAAACUAAGGAUCUGUUGUACCAGAAGGUCUUGUAGCUGCAAAACAAUGGUGCAUAGAAGUGAUACAUGGACUUUUAGAGAGUGCAAAUUUCCCUAUAGCCUAAAUAUACCAGUUUGGUUAGGGAAGAGGCUUUCCAACUAGCCUAAAUGAUUAGCUUUAGAUCAAGAAAUAGAAGGUGCACACUGGAGUUUAGGGGGUAAGAAGGAAUGAAGGGGGUGACAUCCUCAAUGUUGUUACUAAACACAUGAAGGAAAAGAUGAUCAUCGGGAGGAGUCUAUAUGGAUUCACCAAGGGGAAAUUCUGCUUGACCAACCUGAUGCCUUCUACAAGGGCAUAACUGGCUGGCUAGAUGAAGGGAGAGCAGGGGAUGUCAUCUACCUUGACUUCAGCAGGGCUUUUAAUAUUCUCUCAUCAUCAGAAAGCUCAGGCAGUGUGGCUGGGAUGAGUGGAUAGUGAGGUGGAUGGAGAGCUGGCUGAAUGACAGAGCCCAGAGGGGGGUGAUCAGUGGCACAGAAUGGAGCUGGAGGUCUGUGGCCAGUGGAGUUCCACAGGGAUGGGUUCUGGGGCCAGUCUUGUUCAACAUCUUCAUCAACCACCUGAAUGAGGCCUAAUCUAGGUGGACCUGCUUUGGCAGGGGAGUUGGUCUAGACGAUCUCUAAAGGUUCCUUCAACCCUUCAUUCUGUGGUUCUGUGACAUUAGUAAAUGUCCCUUUACAGUGUGCAGAGAGCUGUGGGAUGGAUUCAGUGUGGUUGCUGUGGAUUACACUAGUGAGUCUCCAACACUACACCCCUUGGACAACUCAAGUUAUUUCCAAGCUUGAGGGAUGAAUUCUCUGUCAGGGUCAUCCACAGCCACAGCAUAUGUAUGCAGACUCUGAGGCCUGUACAUUAAAAACAGAAUGAAGCAGCAUCUGAAAUCUGAAGUUAAAGGCAUAGCUUCUCAUGUGUCACUUGUCUCAUCCUUUCACCAACUCCUAACUAAAGGCCCUUACUUUGUUGAACAUUUUCUAGCAGGCCUGCUGUCUUACACCCUCUGUUCUCCAAGAACACACAAACUGGCUGCUUAAACUGAGGCAGUGUGGAAUCAAGACAAGAAAGGAGAAGCAAAAAUGAGUCUUUCUGUACAGACAGUAGCACAGAGCAAGAAACUGACAAGCUGUGCAAAGAACUUGCAGGAAGUAUGACACAGACAACAGAGGAAGAAGGAUAAGGGGGCUGAUCUCAACGUGAGAUGAUGUAACAGGAGGGAAAUGGUAAUGAAAAGUGGCUUAUUUACAGGUCUAAAUGUCCAAGUCAGACAUGCAAUAUACUUCUAGAUCUCCAGUGCAGUUCUGAUGCAGGCUGGCAACUUCCAACAGCUGACACAGGAACACUAGACUGGCUGGGACCUCAUGAAUCCUUGCUGUCCUGAAUAGUCACACAAUCAAAGAAUGGUGGGGGUUGGAAGGGACCUUUAGAGCUCAUCCAGUCCAACCCCCCUGCAGAAGCAGCUCCACCUAGAUCAGGUCACACAGGAAUGUGUGCAGGUGGGUUUUGAAGACCUGCAAGGAAGGAGCCUCCACACCCUCCCUGGGCAGCCUGGGCCAGGGCUCCCUCACUGAAACAGGGAAAGAGUUUGUUCCUGAUUUUUAAAUAGAACUUUUUGUGUUCCAGCUUCAUCCCAUCACCCCUUGUCCUGUUGCUGGAUACCACAGAAACAAAUGCUGCCCCAAACUGCUGACACCCACCAUUCAGAUAUUUGUAACUAUUAAUAAGAUCCACCCUCAGUCUCCUAUUUUAAUCACAUCAUAAUCUAUCAAACAUAUUUUUCCAAGGCACUUGGUCUCUUGCCUUCAUUAUUAUGAGGCAUCUUUGCAGGACUCACUAUGAAGCUCAUCUCAGCUGUAGCUCUGUUCUUUUGCAGCACUGUGCUGUACAGCACUGUUGGCCAGUGCAGCUGGUUCUCUGGCAGGUGUCUGUCAGCCCAAUACAAACCAGCAUCCCUACUCCCCACACUUUUUAUU